AUGAAGAUCAAUGAUUUUGUUUUAGCCUCACCUCCCAACAGCAACAAAUCACUCCACGCAGCUGCUCUUGCAUCGGAGUCAUCAUCAAUUUCUUCAUCAUCAUCCACAAAUGAAGCAGAACAAAACAUACCAGAUCAAGUAAACACCGCAACCGAUUAUGUACAAUCAUCGGGAAGUCUUCAACAUUAUUUAUUCUUGUCCAAUCCGAUCUGCAACAUUCAACUGAAUAAUAUUCCUGAUAAUUUUGGUGGAGUAUCUGCUUCAUUCACAACAGAAGACAAUCGAUUAUCAUUCAAUGAAACCAAUCGUGAAGUAGCAAUUUUUAAUAGCAAAAAAUUUAUGUUAAUUCCUCUUGUGAGAGGUGAAACUAUUGCAAAAAGACUUCCAUCUCUUGUAGAUCUGAAAGGAAUUGUGCCCAGUGCUGCCAAGGCUUCAAUCAAGAGAACAUUUAUUGCGGUUCAAUAUGAUUCUAGACGUUUGGUUGUGUUUUCAGUUGUUUCAUCUGAUGUGUCAAAACCACAGAGCUCAGAGUAUUUUACCCAUUAUGACCUAAUGGAGAAGAAAACGCGGCCAAAUGUAAUUUUAAAUUUUUUUUGGGUUACUGAUAAUUGCUUAUUGGUGGUUUCUUCCUAUUCAAUCGAUAUCAUAUGGGUCAAAGAAUAUCACAAGCCUGUCAAAAUUUUGAAAACAGUCAACGAGAAUGUCAGAUUUUGCAAAUUUUCACCAAAUGAUAAUUUAUUAGUAGUGGCUAUUGAGGGCAAGAAUACUGGCCUUUAUCCAUAUAUUGUUACAUUAAAUGGGCAGCUCAACAAACUUCCAAAGGUGGAAUUACCUGAAUCCAAAGAUCAACCUCUUCAAGAAAAUGAGACAUUCCUCGUAUCCAUGUAUGGUCGGUGUUGUCUUGUGUGUGUCUCUUCUGCAAACUAUGAGAUACAUAUUUACAAGUACAAAUCUCAAAACACUCAAGCAUUUGUCAAACAACGUAUAUUUAACAUCUUUUCUGGGUCAAAUAUUGCUGUCAAUGUGGUUGACUCUCUUUUGAUUGUGCACAACUUGGACGAGAAGUCCUCAGUUGCUUAUGACGUCUUCACAAAACAAGACUCUCCCAUUUCUCCCCCACUUUCCAUUUCCCCUCAUUCUUUACCAAAAUCUUUGUUAGGUGAUUCUGUGGAAAAUGCUUGUGAAAGAUUGUACAAGGCACAAUCUUGGACAUAUUGGCUUCCCAAUUACAUUUAUGAUAAGGAGCUUGGUUUCAUUUUUGAACUCAAACUAUCCAUCUCUCACAUGCCAAUUAAUAUUCGAAACCGCAAAGAUGCAAUCAAAUUCUUAUUCAGGCGUGUUAAUAGCAAACCCAUUUUGAUAAAUGCUCUAAGACAAGUGAUUGAAUCAAAGAACGAGGAUAUCAAGAAUGUGUCGGAAAUUUUAGAGUUGGUCAACAAGUACUAUUGGAAUCAAUUGGUGAAAUUGGAAACCGAGAAGCAAGAAAAAUUCUCUGAAAGACUUAAGAAGAUUGCAUCAAAUAACAAAACUAAGAUUGACUUGAUUGACAUUAAUGUUCUUGCAGAAAUCGAGGAAGAAGAGCAAACACAAGAAGCCACUGCAUCUUCGUACCCAAUUGUUGAACAAUCCGACAUGUACAAGUAUAUAUUUUUACCUAUUGAUGAAUGCGGAUCAAUGUCUUCUAUGGAAUUAGUGACUGUCAUUAUUGAGUACAUUAGAGGUCUAAAAAAGGGCAACAUUCCAGUACACUAUUUUAUUCAAAAACUCUUGAUAGAGCUUUUAGUCAAAUCGAAUAACUAUUCAAUGCUACAUCAAUUGGUUCAAUUUAAGGUGAUUGGAGAUAGCAAACUAACAGCACUACAAAUGCUUCAUAUUUCUGAAAAAUACAAGCCAGCCUAUGAAAUUUCUUUGGACAUGUUGAAGCGAUUAGGAGAAUUUGAUUUAUUGUGUGAAAUUUUACUUUCUAGAAGAGAUAUCAAGCGAGCUCUCGACUUGAUGUUGGAACAAUGCGAAAUGCACUCUUUCAAAAUUCCAUACAAUAGACUUUUUGAAACAGCCCUCACCUUAAAUGAGCCAACUUUAUUCUACAACACUUACGAAAUACUGCAGAGAAUUAAUUUGAAACAACGAAAGAGCCCAAAUUUUAUUGUUGAGGAUAAAUGCAAAGAAUACGAAGAAUUAUUCCAAAAGCAAUUUGUGAUUCGAAAUUAA